AAACACCCCAAAUUCAAAACCCUAAAUCAUUUUCUCACCUAUUUAUAUAUUUGUUUACAUCUGUAUCUAUAUACUCAUACAUAAUUCUUUGAUUUUGAUCAUUAUUUCUUCAAUUCUUCAUUGUUUUGCAUCGGCGCACCGUAAUUCAGUUCGAAAUUCGUUCAUCUGGUUUUGGCGAUUGCGGAGAUUUUUCUGAAAAAUAUUUAACGUCUAGUAUUUGAUAUAAUGCGUGCACCAUCAUUGUUUGCACAAUGCUUGCCUGGCUUAGGACCUGACCGGGUUGGGCAAAGCAUUUCUACUGCAUCUGAUAGGGAGAUGCACAUGCCUUCUCCAGCGGUUGAAAUUGUACCUUCUAAGAUGGGGUACCCUUAUAAAUAUUCCGGGGAGAGCAUUGAUUUGCAAGGAGUAAAUAUAUUUAAGGGAAGAGUUAGUGUCUCCGAUAUGAUAGGUUUGGACUUGAUGCCAUCAAAAUCCGAUGGAUCUUCCAAAUCAUGGGAUAGCUCAUUUGAUCUCACGAACGUCCUUAAACAGGAGAUUCGCGAUGCUCAACUAAGUUUUAGAGGCAAACGAGUGCUCGAGCUUGGUUGUGGCUAUGGGCUUCCGGGGAUCUUUGCUUGUCUAAAGGGAGCUUCAGUAGUACACUUUCAAGAUCUAAAUGCCGAAGCUAUAAGAUGCACAACUAUCCCAAACGUCCUGGCAAAUCUUCAACAGGCCCGGGACAGACAGAGUCGACAGCCUGAGAGUUCCCUUACUCCAUCAAGACAAAUUAUUUCUCCUACUGUUCACUUUUAUGCUGGAGAGUGGGAUGAACUUUCUACUGUUUUGUCUGUUGUCGAGUGUGAUGUACCGGAGUUACCAAAGUUUAGUUUCUCGGAGGAGGAUUUCGUGGAUGGGUGUAGUAGUCAGGAUGGCAGCAUUAUUGGACAUGAAAAUUCCUCAAGGAGAUCAAGGAAGCUUUCAGGAAGCAGGGUGUGGGAGAGGGCUAGUGAAAUGGACCAAGGUGGAGGAUAUGAUGUUAUUUUAAUGACUGAUAUUCCAUAUUCAGCAACCUCUUUAAAAAAGCUGUAUGCUCUAAUCAAAAAGUGCUUGAAGCCACCUUAUGGAGUGCUAUUUGUCGCCACAAAAAAACAUUAUGUGGGGUUCAAUAGUGCUGCAAGACAACUGAGGAGCCUGGUCGACGAGGAGGGCAUAUUAGGCACCCAUUUAAUCAAAGAAAUGACAGAUAGAGAAGUUUGGAAGUUUUUUCUCAAAUGAACAUACAAUCCAAAACAUCCACAGAUAUUACAAAGUAAGAAUAUCGCAUCACUAAUCUGUUAACUGUUUUCCUUCUAUAAAUUCAAAUAUACAUUGAUUAAACUGGAAAAUAAAUCAUAUUACUAUGCUACUAACCCUGUUUCACUUAUUGAUCAAUACGCCCCUAGUGAUUUUAUGGUGCCUUGUUUUAGUUCUUGUAAUCGUUGUUUCUUGUGUUAUUUUAUUUGAAAUCAUAUAUCCUAUGUAUCCAUGACAGUUAUAUAAAUAUCAUAAUGGGCUGUUUAAUAAUGU